AGAAAUAUGUUUCCACUACAACCGAGGGUGGUUCCUCACUUCGGUCCGGAAUCGUCCGUCUAGCCUUAGUGAUCAGAGUGGUCACCAUAAUUACAUAAACGAUCUUUGGUUCGACAUCUCGUCAAACCAAAUUCCACCAUUAACUUUCAACUUGACAUCGACGUAUUCACUUUGGUUUUAAAUUCAGAUCUUGCAUUUUAUAACUCGGAAAAAAUCAGUAUGACUUUUUUUUACGUAUGCACACGUUUUUUUUCCAUGGAGUACAAGGGGUUAACAGAUACAGGAAGUAAAUCCAAGCGUUUAUAAAUGCACUUCCGGUGCCCCUUUUUUUAUUCGUUUAAAACACAUUUUGAAAAAUCCAUGGCGUUGCCUGUCCUGGAAUCAUAAUUAAAGAACAAAGAUCGGCCCAAGAUGAAUUACGUACCUGGGACGGCGAGUCUCAUCGACGACAUUGACAAGAAGCACCUAGUCCUGCUUCGCGAUGGAAGAACAUUGAUCGGCUACCUGAGGAGUAUUGACCAGUUCGCCAACCUAGUGUUUCAUCAGACGGUUGAGAGGAUCCACGUGGGGAAGAAAUUCGGCGACAUCCCGAGAGGAAUCUUCAUCGUGAGAGGAGAGAAUGUGGUCCUACUUGGAGAGAUAGAUGUGGAUAAACCAUGUGAUGCAGUCCUUCAGCAGGUGCCCAUUGAGGAGAUCCUGGAGGAGCAACGGUUGAAGCAGCAGGCCAAACAGGAAACAGAAAAAGUCAAAAUGCAGGUCCUGAAAGACCGAGGCGUGUCCAUCCCCAAAGCUGAUAACUUGGACGAGUACUAACCUCACUUGGAGCCUCUUUUGUUGCCAGUUUGUAUCAGACUGACUAGUAUUAUUUUUGAAAGCACAUGAGUGUGUAUUAUGAGCACUUAGCCUCCAUACUGAACAGAAUGGUGUGAAUUUUACUUUAAUUAUUCACUAAUCAAUGCUUUUCAUGAGUUUGUAUUUCGGGCCAUCGAUGAUUUGAGCCAGCAGCACUUCUUGUGGAUGUGUUUUUACUUUGGGUAUCCGCAAUCAUUUUCAUUUUGGGAUAAUGCUUCAAAAUGCUUCAUUAAAAUCUGGCUAUGGUUCGCUUUUUGUUUAA